AUGGACUUCAUCUUCAAGUCAAGGUUUGCUGACUCAGAGGGGGAGUCCGUCCCUCUCUCCCCCCAGCAGGGCUCUGGGGGUACUGACUGGCCGAGCGACCGACCAGAGGAAUCAGACAACCAGAGGAACGUCAGAAGAACCUGCCAAUCCUCCAUCCAUGUUCCUCCUGUGACUAUCACCUCCCCCCCUGGAGACACCACCCUCAUACAGAUGAACAGUAUGGACUGUGAGACCAUGCCCAUGACUGAUAAGACCCUGGCGGAGCUGGGUCCAAGUGGACCCAAACCCAUCCUGCCUUACAGUUCUAUGUUCAUCUUUGGACAGACCAACCCGGUGAGGCGGUUAUGUCACUACAUCGUGACUCUGCGAUAUUUUGAGAUGAGCAUCCUGGUUGUGAUUGCUAUGAGCAGUAUCGCUCUGGCAGCAGAGGACCCGGUCUGGACCAACGCCCCGCGCAACAAUGUGCUCAAAUAUCUGGACUAUGCUUUCACCGGGGUUUUCACUUUUGAAAUGGUGAUCAAGACACCUGUCCACAGAAUCAAUCAAUCAGAUUCCAACCUCUCCACCAUGGGUAACACUAAAGAGCUGUCUAAGGACCUCAGGGACAAGAUUGUAGACCUGCACAAGGCUGGGACUGACUACAAGGCCUCAGAAAGCAGCUAG